AUGCCGGACCCCGGACCCAGAAUCAAAACACUUGACCCCAGACCCCAGACCGCAGACCCCGGACCCCGGACCCAGACCCCAGCCCUCACACCCCGGACCCCGGACCCAGACGCCAGACCCCAGACCCCAGACCUCAGACCUCAGACCCCAGACCCCGGACCCAGACCUCAGCCUCACACCAUGGACCCCAGACUCCAGACCCCGGACCCUGGACCCAGACGCAGACCCCAGACCCCAGACCCAGACCACAGACCCCGGACCCCGGACCCAGACCCCAGACCCGGACCCCAGACCCCGGAACCAGACCCCAGCCCCUGGACCCCGGACCCAGACCCCAGUCUCACACUCCGGACUGUGGUCCCAGACCCCAGACUCCGGACCCCGGACCCAGACCCCAGACCUCAGACCCAGACCCUAGACCCCAGACCCCGGACCCCAGACCCAGAUGCCAGACCACGGACUCCUGACUCAGACCCAGACCCCGGACCCAGACCCAAACCCCGGACCCUAGACCCCAGAUCCAGAUCCCAGAUCCUGGACCCCAGACCACGGACCCCGGACCCAGACCCCUGUCCCAGACACCAGACCCCAGAACCCGGACCCCAGACAGACCCUGGACCCUGGACCCUGGUCCCCGGACCCAGACCCCAGACCCCGGAACUCAGACCGAGGACCCAGACCCCAGCCUCACUCCAUGGACCCCAGCUCCCAGACCACAAACCCAGACCACAGACCUUAGACCCUGGACGCAGACCCAGACCCCAGACCCCAGACCCCCGACCCUAG